AUGUUACCGUCACCUCCCAGUCCGUCUCCGGCGCGUUGGUUCAGAACUUUAAGAAGAACUAAAUCCACUGAGCAGAGUUCUAAAUUGUCGCUGUCUGUCUGCACUGAGCUCCUGAGUAAAUCUCGGGAAGCACUGACGUCCGGGAGGACUCUCCGAGAGGAGUUCCGGCUCUCCCAGUUGGAGGCGCUGUUGCGUAUGCUGGUGGAGAAUGAGGACGAGUUUGUGGACGCGCUGCACAAAGACCUGCACAAGCCCCGGUUCGAGACAGUGCUGUCAGAGCUGAUCCUGGUGAAGAAUGAGGCUCUCUUUGCAAUCAACAACCUGAAGAAGUGGAUGGAGCCUGAGCACGUGGCGCGCAGCCUGGUGACCUCACUGGAUGAGUGCUUUGUGGUGAGUGAGCCCCUGGGAGUGGUGUUAAUCAUUGGCUCUUGGAGUUCCCCUGUACAGUUGAACCUUGUCCCUUUAGUUGGGGCGGUGGCUGCAGGUAACUGCGUGAUCUUGAAACCGUCCGAGAUUAGCUCACAUACAGCCGAGCUGCUUCAGAGGCUCAUCCCAUCCUACCUCGACACUGAAUGCUAUCAUGUGAUCAGUGGAGGCCCCAGCGAUCUCACUGACUUACUGGAACUUAAAUUUGACCACAUCUUCUACACAGGCAGCCGUGCCACUGGUCAGCAGGUGAUGCAGGCCGCAGCUCGCUCACUGACCCCAGUCACCCUGGUUCUGGGCGGGAGGAACCCAUGCUAUGUGGACCGGGAGUGUGACGUGGCCAUUGCUGCACAACGCAUCGCGUGGGCACGCUUCCACAAUGCCGGGCAGAGCGACGUGGCUCCUGACUUUGUGCUGUGCCACACCGAGGUGCAGGCCCGUCUGGUCCUGGCACUGCGCUCCUGCCUGCUGCAAUUCUACGGCCCUGAGCCACGCCAUUCCACCAGCUUCGGGCGCCUGGUCAACGCAGAGCUCUUCACCCACGUCCGAGACCUGCUGCUGGCCAGCGGGAAAGUGGCUAUAGGUGGCCAGAUGGAUGAGGCAGAGAAAUACAUUGCCCCCACGGUGCUGACAGAAGUCCUGGAGACAGACCCAGCCAUGCAGCAGGAGAUUCGGGGACCAGUUCUACCGAUCAUGACCGUCUCCAGCGCGGACGAGGCCAUCAACUACAUCCGGAGGAAGGAGAAGCCCUUGUGUCUGUACGUCUUCUCCAGCGACAGAAAGGUUAUCUCGCAUAUGAUGACAUGCACUUCCAGUGGAAGCUUCUGUUCCAAUGACAGCGUCCUGCAGAGCAUGAUGGUCCUUCUGCCUUUUGGAGGCGUCGGAGCCAGUGGGAUGGGCUCGUACCACGGGCGCUGCAGCUUCAACACCUUCUCGCACAAGAAGUCGUGCGUCCUGCGCAACACCCGCGUGGAGUGCGUCACAUACCUGCGCUACCCCCCCUACGAGGACCGCAGCCUGUCCCUCAUGAUGUGGGCAAACUCUCUGUCUCGUAGGAGCCAAGCCUGGUGCGAGAUACUGUGAAGCACAGAGCCUGCUCUCAGACCAGCAUUAUAUAAGACAAGCAUCCUGUCGUUUUUGGAGUGUGAGGCUCAUCUGCCUAAACCUGCAGGAAGACUCUCCUGGUCGGGUUCAUUUCAAGGAAGGUUACAAGAGUAUUGGGAUACAGUCUGUGUUUUUGGACGGUUAUUUCUGCAAAGCUAUUUAAGGCUAUGAAUUUUCAAUGUUGAAGCAUGUGUUACCCACUACAUAUGUAUAGAAAGGUGGAUUUGCAUGGGAAAUGGGUAAUUCCACAGGGGUGGGGAGAUUUGUACAUAAAAUUUAAAUGUUCUGAUGUAUUGGUUUUUCAGUUUGUAAGGUGUGAUGUGAACUUGAGCAUAUAGCAACAGAUGGAAU